CGACGCGUGUGAUUAUGAGUCGUGUCACUCUCGUCACCGAUGUUGCGUCUUUAUACACACCUAAGUAAAGGCUAUGUUUCGACGAAAUGGGAAACCCAUGUCUUGUGAGCCUUGUCGUCGCUCGAAGGUGCGAUGUGAUCACACUAGGCCGGUUUGCCUGAAAUGUCAGGCUCGAAAAAUUGAGGAUCAAUGUCACUUCCAUCCCUCUCCAAUGACAAAAGCCCAGUCCCAGAGUAGCCCUGUUCGACCUCGACCCCGGCAUGUCGUACCAAGGAUUUCCCAACGCGGAGAGGCCGACUCAAUGCCGUCCAGUUUCUUUUCAAAUCCAACGCCCGAAAGUACUCCUGGCACGCAUAUGCUUGCCCGGAGUCCUGAGGAAUCUACAGGCCCGUUCUACUUAGGCUCCACAAGCUACGCCUCUGCGUUUCGAAGUCUCAAUUCCCACCCUGAGGAUCACCGUGCAAACGAUGAAGCUAUAAUCCCGAUGUCUCCUGCUGGAGCUAACUUCAACGCCCGCCUUGGAAUUGAUUCAAUCAUCGCAGCAAAACUUGGAUCGUCGUCAUUGACUAUGUAUGAGAGGGCUCUCAAGGACUACUUUGCGUCUAGUACUGCCACUGCCCUCGCUGGGCCUCUCAUAUUAAUGGCACUAUCUCAAAUUAGAGUUGACCUCGAAGUCUUAUCAGUUCGCAGCAAGUGGGACAGCAUAUGUACCGAAAUCACAGAAAACACAGCUCGAUCGUUGAAGAUUCCUCCCACUUGUACUCCGAGUACAUUUCAUACACUAUUUACAGGUCCGAAUUUACGAUGGGAAAUCAUUGGCCUAGUAUUAUCUCUUGCGGGCUUCCAUGCUCAGUUCAUACCCCCUGAUGACCCACUCUUUGACCUUGUGGAUGGCCGAAAACUCGAUAAGGAAGAAUUCAUUGCAGAUAUGAUUCAAGGGAGUAACAGCUGCAUCCACGUUUGUCAAGAGUACGACUGCGUCAACGACCUCAUGAUAUGGCUGCUGUAUAUGAAUGCGCUGCUGCAAAGUAAUUUCUACGGAGACAAUUACCACGGUGUCUGGCGUCGAAUGGGCGACGGCGUGAUCUGUGCAUAUGCCGAAGGCUAUCACUGUGAAGAACCUUUUGACAUUCCCUUCUUUUUGAGAGAAACUAGGAGAAGGGUCUUUUCUGCAAUGUACAGAAGUGACAAAACGAUGGCAACCUUCUUUGGGCGGCCUCCGCUCAUAGCCGGACGAUACUGCAGCCGAAAGAUGCCUUUUGAUCUACACGAGACGACACUUCUGACCGAGGAUACGAGUGCCUUGAAUGCCGCUCUUGCUCGGUUGGACAGUCAAGGGUGGAAUACUGACGGCGUCAUCUAUACUGCGACGUGGUUGCGACUAAGAUAUUCAACAGCCCGGUUUAGAGAGAGGGUGCUCGAGCUUUCUCUCGCUGGGGAGACGGAUCCUGACUUGUCGGAGAAGCUGAGCGGCCUUUCGAAUGAAAAUCGUCUAGCCUGGGAGAAUCUUCCUCAGCACAUGCGGUACGAUGUCUACAAAGAUGCUUGCUGGGAUACACUCCCACCAGAGACAUGUCUGAGAAUGCUGUACGUGUAUCUGGAUCAUCUCAACAGCGAGUUCCAAAUGCAAAGGCUCCGCCGGCGGCAUUUCCCGGAUGCGACUCCACACCUGCUCCAGAUAUCGAUGCAACUGCUUACGUACGUCCUCGUGCUGAACAAGCAAAGAAAUCGACCCUACCAGUUGCAAAGGCAUUACGCUUCUAUCAUCCUCUUCUACUGUCUUCCUGGGGCUGGUGUGCUUGCCCUUGAGCUCCGACGCUGCACCCUGGAGAACAAACCACUCCCAGGUUCCAUCAAACGUGCCGAUUUGAUCCGGAAUCUGUCAAUCUUGAUAUCUCUACUAGAAGGGGUAGUCUAUCCAGGCGACGGAAAUCACAAGCUCUGUGCUGAGUUGAAUAAGAUGCUGGCGCUGGUGUUAGAUGAAGUAUUGAAUUAUCAACCAACGUCAAGCGCAGGUUCUGGAGAUGGUAUGGAUCAACAACUUGACCAAGUCACGUUUUUUGAUAUACCGAUGAUGGAAGGCAUGGAACCUAUUCCUACUGAGAGCGAAAACUUUCUCAAUUGGCUGGAUAAUGCAAACUGGGACAACACUUACCUAACAUAGCCUUUCAAGGGCUUUAGAGCUCUAUAGAGUCGCCCGACCACACUACAACUUCCGUCAUAGACUGCAUGAUUUCCAAAUACCGACGGCCAUUUUUCCAACGACCUCCUCUACUAGUAUGCGAUACCGGAAACUCCAGACUCCCUGUAACCCGAUAAUGAAAAGUGCGACUGGAUUUUCCUGAUCCACGAUCACGAACAUCUAGCAUCUAUUUAAACGAAAGAUAGAAUGCUGCCGCAUCAUAGAAUGGUUGUUGUUCGACAGAAGAACAUCGUUGGCUAUUCAUACAUACCUCCUUUCUUUUCCUUAAAUGUAUCUUUUACUCCUCUUUUCCACGAAUCCAGCGAGCUUCGAGGAGUUACUUUACUAGCUGGUUGGUAUGCAGGAGGUGCCUCAGAGGUUGAGUAACGGGGC